UGUGCACAGCUCUUCUCCCUCCUCCCUUCCCCGGCCCUUUAAGUAGCUUUAUUACUCGGAGAAUUCAUUUGUACUACACACAGCCAGAGAGAGAGAGCAGGCAAAGGGAGGGAGAUUUAACAGGCAAAAGUAGCACCAUGGUCUGGGGAACCAUGGCAUCUCUGUCAGAGCCAGCAAAGGCCUGGGAUGGCUAGGGGCAGAGGAUGUGUGCACUUAAAUCCACAGCACAACAUAAAUGUUCUGUAAUACCAGGCAGGAGGCGGUAGGGUGGGAAGAGCCUGGGAUAAGAAGACCCCAAUGCUUUGGUGAUGGCAUGGACCGGACGCCCUUCCAGCGACUGUUUUUACCUUCCUCCCAGUUCUGUCUCCACUGGAUCCCCCAAAAGCAUAAGGGAGCAAGACUGAUGCAGAGCCAUUGUUAGCAACCCAACUAUGGCUGGAGAUUCUAGGAUCUUCAUGAACCAGGACAUGGAAAUUGGAGUCACACCCAUGGAUCCCAAGAAGUUUCCCAGACAGCCGCGGGACUAUGUCCCUAUCGCCACUGACCGAACCCGUCUCCUGGCAGCAGAAAUCAAGAAGCCGCGCCAGCGUUACAUGGAGAAGAGUGGCAAAUGCAAUGUGCACCAUGGAAAUGUCCAUGAAACCUACCGGUACCUUAGCGACCUCUUCACUACUCUGGUGGACCUCAAGUGGCGCUUUAACCUCCUUGUCUUUACCAUGGUUUAUACGGUCACAUGGUUGUUUUUUGGGUUCAUUUGGUGGCUUAUUGCCUACAUCCGGGGAGAUCUGGACCAUCUCGAAGAUGAGAACUGGAUCCCCUGUGUUGAAAAUCUCAGUGGAUUUGUCUCCGCGUUUCUGUUUUCCAUUGAGACCGAGACCACAAUUGGGUACGGCUACAGGGUUAUCACUGAAAAGUGCCCCGAGGGCAUCAUACUGCUCCUGAUUCAGGCUAUUCUAGGCUCCAUUGUCAAUGCGUUCAUGGUAGGGUGCAUGUUUGUCAAAAUCAGCCAACCAAAGAAAAGGGCCGAGACCCUCAUGUUUUCCAACAAUGCAGUGAUUUCUAUCAGGGAUGAGAAGCUCUGUCUAAUGUUCCGGGUCGGGGACCUGCGGAAUUCCCACAUUGUUGAGGCUUCCAUUAGAGCCAAGUUGAUCAAGUCCAAACAGACCAAAGAAGGGGAGUUUAUUCCCUUGAACCAAACGGACAUCAACGUGGGCUUUGAUACGGGGGACGACAGGCUAUUCCUGGUUUCACCACUCAUCAUCUCACAUGAAAUCAACGAGAAGAGCCCCUUCUGGGAGAUGUCCCGUGCCCAGCUGGAGAAGGAGGAGUUUGAAAUCGUGGUCAUCUUGGAAGGAAUGGUCGAAGCAACAGGGAUGACUUGCCAGGCCCGGAGCUCCUACAUGGACACGGAGGUGCUAUGGGGACACCGCUUCACUCCCGUCCUCACCCUUGAGAAAGACUUUUACGAAGUCGACUACAACAGCUUCCACUGCACCUACGAAACCAACACCCCCACGUGCUGUGCCAAGGAGCUGGCCCAGUCUUUCCAAGAGGGCCGGCUCCUCCGCCACCUCUCCAGCGCCACCCUCCUGAGCGGGGGUGGGGAAGCAGAGACAGCAAAAGAGGAACAGGAGGUGGAAGAGGAAGGAAGGGAGGUGGCUGGGCUGAAUGGAGCCAAUGGAACAGCAGGAGAGGUGAAGGCAGAUAUGUCUGUAUAACACGUGGAUCUGUACUGGACAAUAGACAAUACAUAUGCUCCUACUGGAGAAACAGUGGGAUCCAGUGGUUAGGGUACUAGCCUGGCAGUCAAGAGACAUGGGUUUUAUUCCCAGGUCUGCUACCCACCUUUGGGUGGCCUUGGACAAGUCACUCCGUAGCCCUGUGCCUCAGUUUCUCCCAUCUGUAAAACCAGGGUAAUGGUACUUUAUCCACAUUUGCAAAGCAUUUUGAGGUCUAUGGACAAGACAUGCUAGAUAAGAGGUGUUAUUACUGUUGAAGUUCCCUCACAGAUUGCUCUGGAAGAGACUCCUUGGUUGGUCAAAAUUAUUUCCCUUUCAGGGGAUAUUUAAAAAGAGAAAACAUAAAACAACCUAACAAUCUCCCAUCUCAGUAAGAAGAAUGUAGUUUCGUACCUUCACUUAAUUUACAAGUCAAUGCAUUGUAGACAUUAUUACUGCUAAAUUAAAAGAGAGGAAAGAAAAAUCCCCUCCUGUUUCCAGCUUCCUAGUGAUUGCACAUGGUGUUUUAGAAUUUUCCUCUUGAACUGUGUCCACCAUGAUUCAUUUCCGACAGGCUGAAACACCUAACAGUUGGAUGGCGGGUCUCUCUUCUGAGAUAAAUCAGGCAUUUCCCACUCUGGCUUUGUGUUGUGGCCUCUUUAUCACAUGCAUCCUACUGGUCAGGCUUUCCUCCCAGACUGGUACAAUGCCAUCUCAGGUGUAAUUGUUUUGGACAGCCAUGCUGCUCAGUGCAUUGCUUGUCAUCAUGGGAUGUUUAGAUCUUGCCCAUGAUAAUGGUGUUUGGACCUGUGUCUCCCAGGUUCAAACCCCAAUUUCCUCCAUGGCAAUGAGUUCCAGGUCCCUCUGUAAUGUCUGGUCUAUUUAGAGG